CGCCGAGGUGCGCACGUGCUACCGGGGAGGAAGUAACGUCAACCCGGGUAGCCGAGCUGUGGCGCCGCAGUGGAGUCGCUUCGCCGAAAACAUGUCGCAUCUACCCAUGAAACUCCUGCGCAAGAAGAUCGAUAAACGGAACCUCAAAUUGCGCCAGCGAAACUUAAAGCUCCAGGGGGCCUCAGAUGUGAGCCUCUCAGAAACGCAGAAUGGAGCCUAUCAGAAACUGUCUGAGGAAACAGUGGGAAGUGGGAAGGUUAAAAAAUCUCUAAAACGGUCUGUGAAUGUGGACUUGUCAGAAGCCCGGAAUGGAGAGAUGGCUAAAGAAACAGUGGAAAACGUGCAAGUUAAAAAAAAAAAAAAAAAGAAAUGUACCGUAAUAAUCAAUGGAGAAGCAGCCACACAGCCUCCCAAUUCAGAAUCAAAAAAGAAAAAGAAGAAGAAAAAGAGGAAGAUAGUGGGUGAUGCUGGGCCUGAUACCAAAAAAGCAAAAACCGAAGACAAGGGGGAGUCUGAGGAAGAUGUACAAGCGCCUGAAGAGACAGAAAACCAUGUGGAGAAGCCCGACGAUCAGGAAGAAGACGCUGAGGUGCCCAGCCUACCCCUGGGACUGACAGGAGCUUUUGAGGACACUUCAUUUGCUUCUCUUACUGAUCUUGUCAGUGAGAACACUCUGAGGGCAAUAAAAGAAAUGGGUUUUACAAACAUGACUGAAAUUCAGCAUAAAAGUAUCCGACCACUUCUGGAAGGCAGGGAUCUUCUAGCAGCUGCAAAAACAGGCAGUGGUAAAACUCUGGCAUUUCUCAUUCCUGCAGUUGAACUCAUUGUUAAGUUAAAGUUCAUGCCUAGGAAUGGAACAGGCGUUCUUAUUCUCUCGCCUACUAGGGAACUAGCCAUGCAGACUUUUGGCGUUCUCAAGGAGCUGAUGACGCACCACGUUCACACAUACGGAUUGAUAAUGGGUGGCAGCAACAGAUCCGCUGAAGCACAGAAACUUGGUAAUGGAAUCAACAUUAUUGUGGCCACACCAGGCCGUCUCCUGGACCAUAUGCAGAACACCCCAGGGUUUAUGUAUAAAAAUCUCCAGUGUCUGGUUAUUGAUGAGGCUGAUCGUAUCUUGGAUGUUGGGUUUGAAGAGGAAUUAAAACAAAUUAUUAAACUUCUGCCAACUCGCAGGCAGACCAUGCUCUUUUCCGCCACACAGACUCGAAAAGUUGAAGACUUGGCAAGGAUUUCUCUGAAAAAGGAGCCAUUGUACGUUGGUGUUGAUGAUGAUAAAGCUAAUGCGACAGUGGAUGGUCUUGAGCAGGGAUAUGUUGUUUGUCCCUCCGAAAAGAGAUUCCUCCUCCUGUUUACAUUCCUUAAGAAGAACCGGAAGAAGAAACUGAUGGUCUUCUUUUCAUCCUGUAUGUCUGUGAAAUACCACUACGAGUUGCUGAACUACAUCGAUUUGCCUGUCUUGGCCAUUCACGGAAGGCAGAAGCAGAAUAAGCGUACAACCACGUUCUUCCAGUUCUGCAAUGCAGAUUCAGGGAUACUGUUGUGUACAGAUGUGGCGGCUAGAGGGCUGGAUAUCCCUGAAGUCGACUGGAUUGUGCAGUAUGACCCUCCAGAUGACCCCAAGGAAUAUAUUCAUCGUGUGGGAAGAACAGCCAGAGGCCUGAACGGAAGAGGGCAGGCCUUGCUCAUUUUGCGCCCUGAAGAGUUGGGUUUCCUUCGUUACUUGAGGCAAUCCAAGGUUCCAUUAAGUGAAUUUGAGUUUUCCUGGUCCAAAAUUUCUGACAUUCAGUCUCAGCUUGAAAAAUUGAUUGAAAAGAACUACUUCCUUCAUAAGUCAGCCCAGGAAGCAUAUAAGUCCUACAUUCGAGCAUAUGAUUCUCACUCUCUGAAACAGAUCUUUAACGUUAAUAACUUAAAUUUGCCUCAGGUUGCUCUGUCCUUUGGUUUCAAGGUGCCUCCUUUCGUUGAUCUGAACGUGAACAGCAAUGACGGCAAGCUUAAGAAGAGAGGAGGAGGCGGCGGAUUCGGCUACCAGAAAGCCAGGAAGGUCGAGAAGUCCAGAAUCUUCAAACACAUCAGCAGGAAGUCAUCUGACAGCAGGCAGUUCUCCCACUGAAGACCCACCUUCCUCUCUUCCUCAGUAGCUUUGUCCUGAUACGGAUUUUUCCCUUUCUCUAACAGAGGAAUUUUUGUGGCUUCAGGAUUGGGACUGAUCGAACAGGAGUAUACAUGGACUUGGGCUGCAACCGCUGGGCACUGAUCGCUUCCAGGAAAUACCUCUCUUCCUUGGGGAUAUAAAACACAGUUCAUUUUUUUAGGUUGCUCAAGGGCAAAACAAAGGAUCUUUUGGAUGGAAUAUUUUAAUUCUUUUUCUUCCAAGUUUGUCAUUGUUUUAAUAUAAUUCCUUUUGUACCUUUUCCUCCGGGUGGCUGAGGAUUUUCACAACACGGAUUUUGUACCAACCUGCUGUAAAAGGCAGUGACCUGAUACUCUGAACAGGUGCUGGUGGUAGUGAUGCAGAAAAUUGUCUCCACUUACUUGGGUUUGUUUUGGGUUGUUUCUUGGACCUUAACCAUAGUUCUUGACCUCCCCUGAAAAUGCUGCUGUGGCUAGGAAGCACCUUAGGUCAAAGGUGGCAUUGAUUUUUAAAUAGGCCAGAUUUUAAAACUGUGGCUGUUCCCGUCUUUUUUUCAAGAGUGAGAAGUUUGGGUUAUUUGACACUGUUGUUUGAAUAAAGCACCCUCAGCCCUCCCAACAUUUGUUGGGAGCAGAGGGAAUCAGAUCUUCGAGCCUCAUUUACACCAGUAUAGGUGUAAUACUCUUCUAUUCUCCAUUUGAUAACUUAGCAGAAACCUUUUCGAAAAGGCAGAGUGGUGAUAGACCUCACUUGGCUCCGCUUCAGGUAGUUUGGAUUUUGGUGAGCCCUUCCGACUCUGCAGAGUAUCAGGGAGGCAGAGAGAGCAUCUUGUUGAGAAAAAUAACCCCUUUCGGAUCCACAAAACACAGAUUUGUGAUGAAAAUUGGAAAUGAACAGAGGUCAGAGCAGCAGAGACGGGUUUAGUCUGGCGGGGGUUUUGUUACGAGAGCUCUUGAUUUCCAGCGUGUUUCCUAUGUCUUCUUUCCAGUACAUCUUGUAACUAUAAAAAUGGUUAUUAGAUUUUUAUCAAUUUGAAACUAAAGUUGCUUAGCGUCAUUUUGCUGUUACGCCAGGUAAUAGUGAUAGGCUACUAAUAAAAUAAGCACAUUGAGAGCGUCAAAUGUGGAAGAAACAGCCUGAUACAAAUAGCAUCCCAGGAGUAAAAAAGAAGAGUGAUACUCUGCAUCUGGACUCGACCCCUGGCCCCUUGGCCCCAUGGCUCGAGCUGCCCUGGGGUUCAGGCCUUGACUGCUGGACUCCUGGCUUUUAAUAACUAUUCCUGUAAGACAUCUGGUAACUUGUUUUUCUUUUUUGUUUCAGACCUAGUCAUGUCUCAGAAAAUACACAAAAACAAAGGGAAGAGUAUUUAAUCCAGAGCAGGAGUAAAUACUGUCAGUAUUUUAGUACGUACUCAUCCAGCGUUUUGUAUACACGCUUUUACAUUUUUUUAUCAGAAGUGAAGUCAUCCUCUAUCCCCAACUUGGAACCGGCUUUUUUCAUAACAUGCUAUUUUCCUGUGUCAUUAAAUAAUUAUGUCACUUUUGUAUUUC